UAAUAUUACCUGCUGCUUGGGAAACGGAAGUACGUCAGUCACUGGACAAGAAACGGAGAAUUGUAUCUUUUCUUGGUUAGGUUCUGUGGCAGGCACGUUGUCGGAAAGAUAAGCCACAAUGCAGAUCUUUGUUAAAACUCUUACUGGUAAGACCAUAACCCUUGAGGUUGAGGCUUCAGAUACUAUUGAAAAUGUGAAGGCCAAGAUUCAAGAUAAAGAGGGUAUUCCUCCAGAUCAGCAGCGACUUAUUUUCGCUGGUAAACAACUUGAAGAUGGAAGAACUCUUUCCGAUUACAAUAUUCAAAAAGAAUCAACUCUUCACUUGGUGCUUCGUCUUCGUGGUGGUGUAAUUGAGCCAACUCUCAGGAUUUUGGCACAAAAAUACAACUGCGAUAAAAUGAUUUGCAGAAAAUGUUACGCACGUCUUCAUCCACGUGCCACAAAUUGCCGAAAAAAGAAAUGUGGACACACCAAUAACAUUCGUCCCAAAAAGAAGCUAAAGUAAACGCGGAUUCUUUUUCUUUCAUCAGGUCAUGAAAAAUGUAUAUUUAUUCUUUUUUUUCAUACAUUACAAAAAGUAACCAAGACCUGUAUGUUUUUACACUUUCGAUUUAAAUAAAUUCUAAAUCGAGAUUAA